AUGUCCCCUCCUCUCCCGAAGAUGUCCCCUCCUCUCCCGAAGAUGUCCCCUCCUCUCCCGAAGAUGUCCCCUCCUCUCCCGAAGAUGUCCCCUCCUCUCCCGAAGAUGUCACCUUCUCUCCCGAAGACAUACCCUCCUCUCCCCAGGAUGCCCCCCAACUGCAGGCUGAGGAUCCCAGCAUCCCGGCCAUGAGGGAAACAGCUGAGUUGCCACAGCAGCCUCCUGAGGCCCCCAAAAAGAAAAAAGAGAAAAGAAAGCAUCUGGUAAAGACACCAUCACAGCCACCGACAAAGGAGCAGGCCUCACGGGUGCCACAGGUCCCCUCCACAGAAUACAAAAAGAAGGCAGAAAAACGCAAACAAACCCCAUCAACUACAUUAGACCAACCCUCAAAAACACCUGUAAGCACCACUUCUACACCACACAAAAAAUUUAAAAUAAAACACUUUGUGAAGAUCUCCCCUGCCAAGAUGGAACCCCAGGUGACCCCAGCAGUGAAGCAUCCCACAAAGAUCCACACCCUGUCACAGGAAGAAGAAGAAAAGACAUCUGAGAAACAGCAGGGCAGGUUCCCACGUCAUGUCUUAAAAUUCAUGAAACAGUACAAAACUUACCUGUUGGCAGGCUGCCCCAACCGGAAGCUAAAAGAAAAUAAUUUGGCCAAGAUUGCCCGGGUGAGGACUUUUGUUCAGUACAUGGGCCUGGGCAGCCAGGGCCUGGGUAACUGGCUGUUCCUAAACAAUCCAGAAAAAAUACUGAA